GUAGCAACAAUAGAGAGGUACCCAUAUUCCAGAAAAGAACCAAAACGCGCUUAUCGAUGGAAUAGUACCAUAAAGUUUUGAACUUGGGAGAGACAAGCAAAACCAGACUGGCCAUUGGUAGUACUAGUUUUCCGAGGUUGUCACAAGUCCAUGGGAAAAGUGGAAGAGCAACCCACUUCACCAAUCAAACCAUCUUCUUCUUACGUUAUACUACUGCUGCAAAUCAUGAGCAAAAGGAGAACCUGGGUAUGUGUUUUUGUGCUUGUUUAUGGCCUGCUCUUCACAUCUUCCUGGAACAUUCUCAAGUCCAUGAUUUCGUGGUACAAGUUGCAAGCUGAGUCAUCGUCAUCAUCUUGUUGGUGGCCUGCACUCUUUGUCUCGCUGCUUCUCGGUGUUGUUUUUGGGGUUCUUUCAAUGGUGGCAGCUUUUGCUGUGGUGGUGCCUGCGGUUCUGGUAACGUGGAUCGCCAUAGUGGUGUUGUUGGCUUUCUUUGGUAAGCCUAAGAGGACUUUGGUUGUGGAGGGAAGGAAGAUUACGAGGGAGAUUUUCAGUUUUGUGGUUAAGGUUUUGCUGAAAGAAGGGAAUAUAGUGGCUGCUGUUUGUGCUGUUUUGGGGUACUUUGUUCUUGGGAGAACAAAUGGAAAAGUUGUUGACUAAUUGAUUUUGAUUGAGGUUAGUUUCUAGGAUUUGGGUACGAGGGGUUUGCACAAUGUCGUGUAAACUGUACUCAUCUCUCUAUUUCGCAUUGGUUUAGAUUAAUUUGAGGUUUAGAUUAGGUAAAGUGUCUUUUAUGAAAUUCUAAACUUUUGUUACAUAUAGCCUCUUAAACAAUAUUGAGUUAAAUAUUU